UUCUUGGCGGCCGCGAUGUGUGCGCAGGCGCGCAGGGCUGAACUUACCUGCUUCCGGGUGGGGGUGGGCCUGGAUGGGCGGCUCCUCUCCGCUGGGCAGCUUGCGUCCCCCAGGGCUGAGAGGCCCGGGCCUCCUUCCGGCUCCAGUGCUAGAGACGGAGAGAGAGCGAGCGCCAGACUGUGGGUCUGGGCACGCCCCGGGGAUCGGCAGGUGUCAGGGACAGCUGUGUGUGGGGGUGGUCCCUGCUACCGUUCCCCUGACCCCUGGAGCGUGCACCCCGUGUGUCUCUGGGACAGGCCGUGUCUCCGGGCCUUGGCCUUCUCAUCUGUAAAGGGGCGAUGGGUGGAGAUCCUGGACGCCAAGACCAGGGAGAAGCUGUGUUUCCUGGACAAGGUGGAGCCCCAGGCUACCAUCGCAGAAAUCAAGAACCUCUUCACCAAGACCCACCCGCAGUGGUACCCCGCCCGCCAGUCCCUCCGCCUGGACCCCAAGGGCAAGUCCCUGAAGGACGAGGACGUGCUGCAGAAGCUGCCCGUGGGCACCACGGCCACGCUGUACUUCCGCGACCUGGGCGCGCAGAUCAGCUGGGUGACGGUCUUCCUGACGGAGUACGCGGGGCCGCUCUUCAUCUACCUGCUCUUCUACUUCCGCGUGCCCUUCAUCUAUGGCCACAAAUACGACUUCACGUCCAGCCGGCACACGGUGGUGCACCUCGCCUGCAUCUGCCACUCAUUCCACUACAUCAAGCGCCUGCUGGAGACGCUCUUCGUGCACCGCUUCUCGCACGGCACCAUGCCGCUGCGCAACAUCUUCAAGAACUGCACCUACUACUGGGGCUUCGCUGCGUGGAUGGCCUACUACAUCAACCACCCCCUCUACACGCCACCCACCUACGGAGCUCAGCAGAUCAAGCUGGCGCUCGCCAUCUUCGUGAUGUGCCAGCUCGGCAACUUCUCCAUCCACAUGGCCCUGCGGGACCUGCGGCCGGCCGGGUCCAAGACCAGGAAGAUCCCGUACCCCACCAAGAACCCCUUCACGUGGCUCUUCCUGCUGGUGUCCUGUCCCAACUACACCUACGAGGUCGGCUCCUGGAUCGGCUUCGCCAUCAUGACCCAGUGUCUCCCAGUGGCCCUCUUCUCCCUGGUGGGCUUCACCCAGAUGACCAUCUGGGCCAAGGGCAAGCACCGCAGCUACCUGAAGGAGUUCCGCGACUACCCGCCUCUGCGCAUGCCCAUCAUUCCCUUCCUGCUCUGAGCGCGCCCCCGCCCGCCGCGGCGCGCCCCCGCAAUAAAAUCUGCUGGCCGCCACGGGA